UACAUACACUCAGUCCGUACCAGUGCCCUUCCCAAAACAUCAAACAAAAGAGAAACCGCCGCCUCCGCGUCCUCCUCCCUUGCGCGCUCAGAGCAGAAGCCCACCCAGCCGCCGAUGGCUAACGCGGCGGCGCAGAACAGUACCGAGCAGCUGCUCCACCUGAAGCUCGCGUUCCUCGCUGGAGAGCCUCCCUCCUGCGUGCUCACGCUCGCUAGGUCAAGAACAGGUACCACAGGAUGAGGCGCUUGGAGGAUGCUGCGAUGAGUUCGUGAGAGAUCUAGGUCGUCGUCUCCCAGCCAACUUUGGGUUGCUGGAUCGUUUCCUCAUAUGAUAGAAGCUGGGGGAGGUUCUAUCACACCGCAUGUCCAAAAUUUCCUUUUGGAGACUUGCACUGGCUCAAACGUAGAAAGAUGUCGAGACUCUACUUAUACAACAAUUAUUUUUAAAAAGAUUAUAUCUGAGGUUGAAUUAUCUUCAAAUGUUGUGAUUGAUGAACUUUAUGAGGAGUUUGCUCAACGUAUGUUGUCCGAAGCAAAAUUUUCAUUUUUAGACAAGACAAGUCAUAUUUAUAAAGAAAUAUCUUUUCUAUCUCCUACAUAUGAUCAUAUUUUCCCAAAGCGAGUAAGUGUUGUGGCCCGACUAUCAUGUUCUUCUAAUAUGCUUGAAGGUGAUACAGGGUGUUCAAUUUGGCCAUCAAGUUUAUUCUUGUCUGAAUUUGUUCUUUCAUACCCUAAAAUUUUCUCCACAAAGUGUUGCUUCGAGCUAGGUUCCGGUGUCGGUCUGGUGGGCAUUUGUCUUAAUCAUGUUGGUGCCUCUAAGGUUAUUCUUACUGAUGGUGACCCAUGUACACUCAGAAACAUGAAGGAAAAUAUGGAACUGAAUAACUUAUGCAUUGAGCAGGAAGAUUCUAGAGCGCUAAAAGAAAGUAAGAAUAAGGUCGAGUGCAAAUAUCUUUCUUGGGAAGAAGUGUCCGAAAGUGAUUUAUGGGGCUACCAGCCGGACGUAGUUCUUGGCGCAGAUAUAAUCUAUGACCCGGUUUGUGUGCCGCACCUUGUCCGAGUGCUCUCAAUGCUGUUGAGACGAGAUGGUAGACAAGGGGGAACCAACGGAACAUCUGUUGACGAAUUUGUAUAUGAAACGGAGGCUCCGGUCGCCUACAUUGCCACGGUGGUUCGAAAUCCGGAGACUUUCGACUGCUUCGCCACAGCAGCUGCCGAUACAGGAUUGUCCGUCUUGAACAUCACCAGUAGCACGGCUCCUUCAAGAUUUCUCCCUUACAUGCUGUCUUAUGAUAGGUCUAGUGUGCAGCUUCUUAGAAUUAGUUUGUUGUCAUAGAACAACUACAGAAAGUUGAUGUGUGCUUCCAGUAUCUGUCGUUACGAGACUCGUUGUAAGGGCAUCAAUCAUGUCAUUUGCAUUUUAAAUGCCUAACAGUUUUUUUUUCCUAAUUUGCCUCUACUACUGAGCAUGUAAUAAGCAACUUGAGUCUUGAAAAAGUUUUUUUUAAGUUCCAAAA